AUGAGGAGCAUCGCCAAGUCUUUCGAUGAUCUCCUGAAUAUCGUACAACCAACUGAUUACUGUGAGCAAACUCUCCAGACACGAUCUGCUUUCUUUUAAAAAAUAUGUCAGAGCUAUCACCUGAUAUUAUGCAGUAAUUGAUUCAGCAGCUCAUUGCCUGUGGAGCGUUAUAUCUUAUUAAAAUGUUCUUGAUUUUAUUCCUUUAAUGAAGAGCUCAUUGAUUGUUAUUUGGCUAAGUAUCUCGCAGAUGUAAGCGUUCUGAAAAUGUGUUCAAAGCCAGAAGAAUCAUUACAAAAAAAAAUAACGCAAACACCUUCUUCUCUCAGUCUUUCCUCCUCCGCCUUUGAAGGGCCACAAAGAAGAAUUUACUGCACUCCAGAUUCAAAUGGAGGCAGAGAAGGAAAAAGGAAAAGUGAGGGAGGAGAUGAUCAAAGAGCUGCGAUCUGACAAAUUACAACUGCAGCAACAGGUGGCUCAGCUGGAGGAGCUGCUGAAGCUGCAGGCACAGCAGAAGGAGCCGAAAGUCCAACAAGUCAAAAAUGGUAAAACAACUUUUGAUCGAAUUCAAAGACAAAAACUCCUCAACACAGCUGAGCUACACAUGUUGCACUCAUCUAUGGGGUUCUUUGACCUUGUUUACAUCUGGCAUUAACUGUUAGGUAAUGUUUCAGUCCUUGUCAACAACCUCAAAAUUAAAAACAAAAGUAAUUAACACUGGAGACACCCAUCCAUAGUAAGCAAUACAAUCUAAUAGGGAUGAGUGAUAACCCUAAAAUUUACAGAUACUGAAAUUUACGACAAUAACUGACGCCGUUUUGCCCAUGUCAAUAUAUUCAGUUUUAAAAAAAAUGAAUAAAUAAAAGUUGGUUUUGGAUGAGUGUAGGUAGGCUCAUGUCUCUUUAAGACACUGUCCUACAUUGGAGACGUGACUCCACCCCAUCAAGUCUGUAACGAAGAGGGAAAGACGGGUGAGGAGAUGGAGGAUGGUUCUAAAGCAGUAGCAGCUGAAGUAGACGAAGUUAAUGUGGGAGGGGGUGAGCAGCUUGUGGAGUAGUUAUCGUCCAUUUAUUGUAAUCAAGGUGAACUGAGGACAUAUCGCUCAGCCCUACGAUCUGAAAUGUUAGGUUUCGAUCAUAGACUGUAUAUAGAAUGGACAGUAUCUGCCUCCUCGCUGGGUGAAGCCACUCCGAGAACAGCACCCUCUGGUGACGGGCUGCAGUAUAGGUCAUAAAUCCCGCCUCCGCCAGCAAAGCUUAUGGAGCUGUGGACAAACUUUAGAAAUUUAUUACACAGAACAUAAUUUUUUCUCCCCCCUGCUUGAGGUGUUGACAUGUAGUUACUGUCAGACUGGUUUGUGCUCAAGUCCUCUUUUUUUCUGUAAAGCUCUGUUUUUAAAAGUUAUUAGGGGGUUCAUGUUUUCCAUGAUUGACACCUGAUACAGCCUAUGGGCGUUCAGGGAUUGUGUAGCUCACCCGGAAGAUAUGCUGUUUGAGCCGAGCGUCAUCACAGCGACUCUUGGCGACUCUCCCGCCGAACACGUACAACGCUACUGCUAAAUGUUGGUUUCAGGAAAUGAAGAAAAAUCCCGGAAAUACCGAGCGCUUUUUGGCUUCAAAUCUGUAUACUGGCAGGAGGCGGAACCAAGUUGUCCAUAGUGUAUAUACAGUCUAUGGUCUCGAUUUGAACACUCCAUUAAGAAAAAGCUGAAUUUAUAGUUUCACCAUGUUAGACUGAUCAUAGUUUGAUUUAUGUCAAUUUAAAGUCAAAGCAGAUUGUAUCGAGGUUCAAACCAGCUGCAUUUGCACCCAAAAUGCUGUUAAAACCUUAAUUUGCAAUGUCUAAAGCGUGCCUCCAUCAUUUCUGACUGGAACAAAAAGAAAAAGCAGCAGAGACCGCCUAAAAGAGAAAAUUACCACACCAAAUUACAGGUAUGCUAAUUCCGAGUGGAUUACUAUUAUCAAAGAAUUUUAGCUGUACAAAUUACAGCUAUGGUGGGGAAAAAAACAGAGGCGCUCUCUGUGAUCAUUACAAAUCAUCAAAGGUCUCAAGGUAAUACUAAUCCCAUGCAAAUAAGGCUCCAGACCUCGCCUCCUGACUCUUAACUCAUGCAAUCAUCACGCACAGAGAUUUACAGACAAAAAGAUAAAAGCUGCACAGCCCAGUGUGAUCCACAAGUCCUGUAAUUAUCGGCAUGCAGCUGGGGAAUCAGGGUGCAUGUUAAUGCCAGAUGUAAACCGACUGCUUUUACAAAUGAUUGCAUUUGCUUUCAGUGAGAAUAUAGGCUUUAAUUCUCAUGCUUGCUUCUGCUCCAGAAAUGCUGCAAUAAGGACCAGGACAUCCUGGAAGAACCUGCCCAUCACUUAACAUCUUAAAAAAAUUAUUUUCAUAGACUGAAGUAAAAUAACUCCAUAAAACAACCUUUUCAUACCACUUAAGACAGCUGAAGUUAUCCAAUAAUGAGGCUUAAUGCUUGUGUCCACUUGAUUUUGAUCCUUAGUAGGAUGGAUCCUUUAGUGCAUUUCUUACUGAUGGAUACAAACAACAGUAUUGACCUGUGGUUGUACAAGGAAGGCCAAUAUUGUACGAUGAUGAUUAAAUUUUGCCUAUUCAACAUCAAACUGUCAGGACCAACAUAUUGAAAUAUUGUCAGGGGUAAAUGGCAGGCAUGUUGGAUAUCAUGCAAUUCACCAAUAGUUUUGUCUCUGGGCAUGUAAUUGCAACAAGUCCUGCCUCACCUGCACCUCUUUGUCUGAGCUAGGAAACUAGAGCACCGAGACUGAAUCAGAACUCAGUACAGCCUGUGGUAAAAUGAAAAAUGAAUGAAUACACUGAAUUCAUUUAUCUAAUAAGGAAUGUUAAGAGAUAAUCAUCACAAAUUUGUCUGCUUGGAAAUGGUUUAUUUCCACUCAGAGAUAAAAGGAUUUCAAGGACAGGAGCGUCCUGGAUUACCUCAAGUACCAGCGCUGUUGUUUGUUUUUUCAGAUGAUGAAAUUUUAGUGGAUAAAAACUGUCCACUCCCGCCACUGGAUGGAUAUCCUGCAUGUAAGGGCAAAUUGAAGGUAAAGCUUUUCAUCAUUUAAUGGUUUCAUAAAGAUCUCAUUAAUAUUGGUUUUAUGAGUGGACUAGUUCAUUUUGUUCAUCAUUUUCUAAUCUGUUUUUUUUUAUAAUGACUGUAUUCUUGUCUUUAUCUUGGUUUGUCGUCUCUCCAGUGGUUGAUGGCAAUGUGGAGGUCAGACUCUUGUUACGCCAGUUUUGGGAUUAAUGGGUCCCUCUGCUCCAUCUUGAUCUACCUCAGCGAGGUACCACUGUGGUUUCUGAGCUCUUCAAUCACUCAGUUUACAUUUCUUGAUUCUAGUUAUGAACAAAAUUGAAAAAAUGUCUGUGCUGUUGUAACUGCCCUUUCUUUUUUUCCUGUGUCGUGUUAAGAUAGAGUCCUGGUGUCCUUUACUUCCGGGUCGAGUGAAACUAGCAGCUCCACUUGAAAUCCCUCCGGUGAGAACAAAGGCUAAAUAAUAAAGUUGCAUCAUGGGUGUAUAAAGGUGUGGCGUGUAAAAGGCAUGCAGACCUGUUUUACUGCAUAAGUGGUUUGUUUUUGUUUGGUGCAUCUGAGUUCUUCUUUUCAUCACAUUUCUUAUUUUCCUGUGAUUUCACAAGACCCUAGCACCAAGCAGUGACUCUUUUGUGUUUGGUCUACUCUAUCUGGACCAGAUUGAAUGUUUGUUGUGGGCCUGAACUUCCCUCAAAACUCAUGAAACAGGCUCGGUGAAAACUUACUUUUGGCGUAGAGCUGGCAUAGCACCAAAAUGCCCCCUUCAAUUUUUCAAAAUGGGGUCCCUGGAGAGGUGACUUUUAGUGAAAUUUGGCAGGUUUUUGCAGCUUGAUGAGAUGCACAAAAAAGCCUCUUUGAGCCGUGCAGAAAAUCCACCAUUUCGAACACAUUCGUGAAGUGGUGGGCUUUUUUUCCAUUUCCAGGGGUCUAACUGAAAUGAACCCAUGUCAACGUGGGUGAACAGCAGAAUGGGAGCACUGAGCUGAAAAGUUUUGAGCAUCCUUUGCAAAAGUCCUGCAAAAAUCGACCAGAUUUCCCAUUUAUGAAUAGAGUUUCAGCGUGAACAGCUACAGUUCCCAGUUAGUUAGAGACAUGAAACUGAAAGGACGUACAUUACAGGAUAUAUCUGUUGCUAUGAGGUGACUUUUGAUUUUGGCAAGAUGCCUCGCCAUAAAACUUGUACAAAAACAAAAGAGUGUCUUAAAGUCCUGGUUGACGAUCUGAGAAGCAGUUGAAAAAAACUGAGCGGUUGAGGCAGAUUUUAAAAAAAAAGCGUCCCACCCGGGACUUUCCCUAACCAUCCUACAAAAAAAAAAAAACAUUGCGGCCGGGAGAGUGGGAGGAUACGAGUCGGAACUACAGGAGAGGGGUGUGUCGAAUACAGCGAGGUGAUUGGAUGGAGAGGCGGAGCAGGAGAUUGACCAAUAGGAGCUGUCUGGGACGGAUGGCUCCUAUUGGUCAAUGUUUUUGCAGCCCUGCACCUGCUAGGGUCGACGGAUUUUUUCCAUUCUUUUUUCUCUUCACUUUGUGGAGAUCGCACUAUAGGACCAUGAUCGCCAUAGAAACAAGGUUCAUAAUAAUUACCAAUCUCUACAAUCGUCAACCAUGCCUUUAAGUCUUAAAGGUCCAGAAACUGUAACUCAAACAUAUAGAAUUCAAACUUUCUCUUACUUUUCAAAGCCUAUAUCACUCAAUGGUAUUUGACAGUCAGCUUAGAAUAAUAUGUGGUGAUGGGAAACCAUUGGAUUUACAGGGUAUGCUUUGCAGGCGUGGCACAUAGUUUUAGAGCCUGGUAUAAACCACCCUGACGUGCAGAGGAGUACAGGCCAGUUAUGUGUUACUUGCAGUUUCCUGUAUACAUUAGUUUCAUUUCAUUCAUACAGCCUCAUUUAAGUUGUAUUACUUGAGUUGCUGUUAGGUAAAAGCUGAACGGGAAAAGUCCAAUUUGAAGUACUCAAACAGAAAACCAAUAAGAAAAAUGACCAUAACUGACACUUGAAGGGUUAGACUUUCUGGGAAGAGAUUUGGAGAAGUAACAGAAAUCCUGUGUUUUCUUGUUUCUCCAGGUUCAGUCUGGGCAAGCAGUGGUACGGGGGAGUCUAACAGGUUUAUAUCCAGUUCUGGAAAACAGAGCUCAGUACCGUUGGAUCCACCAGAGAAUCCGCAGUAUGGAGGAGAUUUGGGUUGAGGCUGGACGCUCUCUUUCGGCUAAAUACGACCUGACGCAGCGGAAAGCUAAAAAUGUAAAUGCAUAUCUCCAGAAUGAUUAAGCUAUAAUAAUCAAUAGUUUUCUGAACCUUCCCAUCUUUUGUUGUUGUUGCCACAUCAACAAACUAGCUUUUAGUAUUCCCUCUAAUUAAAUAUCUCCAUGCAAGCGGAGCUCACGAUCUGCUUUACAACAUCUCUCAACUCCACGUCUGAUCUUGUGCACCUUUAAUAUCGCUCCUUUGAUUUGACUUUCUCCUCCUUCUUCCAGAUUCUAGUGCAUCCUGGUGCCUUGACGGCUGAAUCUAACAUAAAAAUCACAGAGACUGCCUUCAGUGGGGGUCCUCUUGGAGAACUGGUCCAGUGGAGUGAUCUAAUCUCCACCCUUUACAUCCUGGGUCACAAUCUCCACCUUUCUGCUUCGCUACCUGAUGUCAGGGAGUGAGUAUGCAUACUCAAACAGCAUCGAGCUGUAGCUGCUGUCUGCAAGGACAUAUCUGACAACUUCAUCCAAGAAUAUAAGGAUAGAAAAAUGAUCAUUUUAUGGAUUGAGCGCCAUGUUUUUUAGACUAAUGAGAACAAAACUUGGAUGAUUUGUAUUUUUGAAGUGUUUUUCUCAACUGAUACUUGUUUUAAUGUCAACAUUUCUACGUAUUCACCCCCUUUCAUCCUCUCUUUCUCUCUGCCCCUAGCUUUUUAGGCAUAAAAAGCAACUGUCCGACUCGUUACUCCAAGGUAGAAGCGGACUUAAUCUACACCGACAUUAUCGGCCUCAGACAGAUUCAGACGAUACUGAAGGAAUCAUGGCCUAAUUACCAGUAAGUGCGUGAUCCUCAGUCUGAGUACAAACUGUACUGAGAGCGUGUAAUGUGUUCAAGGAAAGUGAACUUAUUAUUGGACCUAGCUCUGAUAGUAGGUAUAUUUUUGUGGUCAUGAGCAUUAUAAAGGAUCUUUAUGGAUGAGAAUUCUGCAGUGGUGCAGUAAAACACUCUCCACACUCUCCAAUCACCUGUUUGUGCCAAAAAUCUCUGAUCUCUGAUGGUCUCUGAAUCCAUCUCAGUAAUCUGCAGGUUUAAUUUGAGUAGAAUAUGAACAUUUCAGACUCAGUAAAGAGUAAAAUUGUGGAUAAAACUGAACUUUAGACUUUGCAAAAACAAGUCUUGGGGGAUUUUAAAUUCCAUCAUGAGGAGACAUUCUGAGAACAGUGUGUGCAGUGCUGUGAUAUUUAACAAACAGUGGAGCACUCGGGUUAGAUAAUCCAUUUGCAUGCGUAGUUAUUCAUUUGGCAUAUUUUGGACAAAAACAUCUUUGUGUUUGUGUGUGUAUUAAUGCUUUGAUGACUGAAACUGAGAUCUUCUGUCCAUCAGGUGUUUGGUUCGUGUGUUGGACUCCUUUGGUACUGAGCCAGACUUCAACCAUGCAGUCUGGGCCCAAAAGCAGGAUCUGAAGAGUCCUUUUGGCGGCCUGAACCUGAUCCCGCUGCAGUUCUACACCAUGUUCCGUAUGUUCGUGUCCUGAACGACAGCUAAUCUUGUGUUUGACACGUAACUCUCAAUUGGAGCAAGACCAAAACUGCUUUUGUUAUAGUUGUUUGUUUGAGUAAAUUCAUGUACUUUCUCUCUUGUGUGCAGCUCACACCCCAGACAACACAUUCCUAGGCUUUGUCGUGCAGCACCCGCUGAGCAAUGAGGAAACCGAGCAGCUCCAGUCGAUCCCAAGACAAAACCAGGCGCUUGUGUACGGCAAGAGUGCCAACUUCUGGAAGGUAACGAUCAACAGAUGGUGGACUUUGAGGAAGUUUUGACGGGUGUGCUGUUUUACUGAGGUGGUUGUUGAAGAAAACCACCUUGACUUUACCUUGUCUUUGCUUUUAAAGAUGGAGUCUGAAAGUGCUGAACAGACUGUUUCAGAGAGUCAUUAUUUCUUUGCUCUGUUUUAGGGAAGAGAAUCUUAUCUGCACGUUAUCCACAAAUAUUUGGAGAUUCAUGCAACGGUUGACAACAGCAGUGCCAUCCCAAGCUAUGUGUACAACCACGGAAUAAUAAAGGGUUCAGAGGUGCAGACCCUGUUGAGACAGAGUAAGGUGAGUGUGAUCAUUUAUGCUCUACAUCUACACUUUCAGGCUCUUGAAUGAAGGUUUUUUCCUUUUAUUCCUCUUAAAACAUUCUCAGUGAGGAAUAUGUUGGAUUGCGAAAAGAAAGCAGGAUGACAUAUUUUGAACAUAUAGAGGGCAAAAUCAGAAAAAAGGUUAAGCACUGCUUCAUCAACAGGGGGCGCCAAACAUGAGAGAAAACUAGUUACAGGAGCUUUAAAAUGACUGUGAUUUUUUUCAUCUUUUAGGACCAACUUCAUGUGCACCUUGACUUUUUCCUACUGUAGUCCUAAAACAAAAAACACAAUAAAUGAGAACUUCUCUCUGUUAAAAGAUUAAAGUAGGCUAUGGAUUACUGGAUAGUACGAAGAGAAUUAGGGCCACGAGAAGAGAAAAAAAUAAUUACAGCAGGGAGAUUUUUAAAAUUUCCACUUUGAGAUUAAAGUCAAAAUUUUAAAAAGUUGAAAUUUCUACUUUAUUCAUGUCGACUUAAUCUGGAAAUUUCAACUUCGAUCUCAAAAUGUUAAUUUUCUUUCUCAAAGUUUUGACAUUACUCAUGACAUUUUGACAAAUUAAUUUUAUUACUUAAUCUCAAAAUUUCGACUGUAACCUCCUUCCUAUAAUUAUUUUUUCCCUCUUCAUUUGGCCCUAAUCCUCUUUCUCAGAAUAGAGCCUUCACCAAGUUUUCGCACUUUUAAUAAAAUAAUACAAGAACAUUUAUUAUGUCGCUCUAAAAUUACAAAACCCACACUGUUCCGCUGAGGGUGUUGAAUUAAACUGGCAGAACAUCUGUCUUUGUAUGAAAACGACUGAAUUAGUUUGAUUUAAUAGAUUUCAGAUGAAUCUUGGAGAGGUUCGGGAAAUUCAAAAUAGAGGUACUCAACAGUCUGUUUCUUUAUUUCCCAUGAAGAACAUUUCAAUCACAACAUAAAUGGAAACUGUGGGAUUCAAUUCGCUAUUACUGAUUUAUUUGACCAAAUCAAUUUGUGUGUCUUUGUGUGUUCAGUUAUUUUGUUCAGUUUACUUGAUAACAUGAAAUAAGUGUUGUUUCUCUUCUCCUUUUGAAAUGGGAGCGAUAGAGCGUGCUGUUUGUGGCAGCAGGGAGGGAAUAAAUUGGACUCUCUGUCAAGACAUGCAGGGUUAAACAAAGAAGAGAGACCCAAAUGCAGAAUUAAAAAAUGAUUGAAUUAAAAGAACUAAAUGAAAAAAGCAACAAAAGAGAAAAAUCACAGGGAGCAACAGGGGACACAAGCAUACGCAUCGACAUACAGACAAUGAACCAACCAUGGCAGAGGGGAAGACAGAAACUAUAUACACACACUGGGAAAUGAGCAACAGGUGAGGCAGAGGAGACACAGGUGAAACUCAUGAGGGAUUAAAAAAGGAGGGAAAGCUGGACAAAAAACACAAGGAAUCAACUACUACAAAAUAAAACAGGAAACACCAAAACUGAUCUAAAGAAUAAAACACAGCGAACGGGAGGGACACAGGGUCAAACACAAACUGAAAACUCACAAGACUGGACUACAGGGGAACAGAAACACUAGGGAAAACACAAAGAAAAUACACUCAAAUAACAAAAUCAGGGAAAAACUAAAUCAACAGAACAUAUCCUGACACGAUCAAUAGACAAACUCUACACUGACUCACUCAAAUCAAAAGAUGCAUCAUAAGUAAAGUGCAUCUGCUGUGUCUCACUUGUUUCUACAGACGACCUCUCAAACAUGUCUGAAAUUCAUGUUAUUAUUCAGGUGUUUGCUGACAUCAUGUGGUGACUAGGUGGAGGUGCAUGUAGUAACUGUAUACAGCAUAUCCUCAUGUCUGCUUAUUUAUUGGGUGUGUGUGUGUGUGUGUGUAUGUAUAGGUCUUUGUUGGACUGUCUUUCCCCUAUGAAGGCCCCGCCCCUUUAGAGGCUUUGGCCAAUGGCUGUGCAUUCCUCAACCCCAGGUUAGAUCCUCCACGGAGCAGACUGAACACAGAGUUCUUCAACGGAAAGCCCAACAUUAGAGAGGUCAGAGGUCGUUCUUAAGAACUUAAUCAAAUCAUACAAUCAAACCUCAACCAUUUAGUGAAAUUGGACAUUAUUCUGUUUGGUGUGAUUUGACUUUGUGUGUGCUGUUAUUGCAGCUGACCUCCCAGCAUCCUUACGCAGAGGCCAUAGGUGAGCCUUAUGUUUGGUUGGUUGAUAUGCAGAACUCCACAGAUGUGGAAAGAGCUCUCACUGCCAUCCUCAACCAGACUGUGAGUAUCACCCCUUCCCCUUAAAGGGAUAUUCUGGCGUAAAAUAUAUUUAGGGUCAAACACACUGUAACGCAGAGUUAGACACCCUCAACCAAAACACCACUCUAUAGCCACAAAUAAUGCUCACAACUUCAUCAACAGUACAUAUAGAGUCCCAGUCACAGUACUAGCCACCAAAUAUCUUUCUAACUUUGCCUAAUUUCUUUAGCAAAGAGACUAAACACAACUCACCUACUCUCUUCCAGCAGCUGCUUGUUUGUAGAGACCUCUGGGCAAGUCCAUCGACUGCAGCGGGGUGACGCAGCUAAAGGAAGAACAUUUAUGAUCAUAGAAUAGAAUAUAGAAUAUAGAGAGGGAGCUGAUAUGACUCAGUUAUGAUACAAAUGUCCUUGUUAUAUGAGUAUAAUUUAAGUUGUUUUUCAUUUCAGAUCAAGCCGUAUCUUCCCUACGAGUUUACCUGUGAAGGGAUGCUCCAGAGAGUCAACGUCCUCAUCGAAAAACAGGUUUGAUUGGAAAAAGAAAAAGAUUGAUGAUUCACAGAAAAGACCCUUUUUUUCUCUCUCUCUCUUCUAAUCUGAGUUGGUUCAUUAGCAUUUCUGCAAAGGAGCAGGGAGCUGGCCUCCACUGAGCGCGCUCCAGGUUGUGGAGUCAGAAGCGGGUACUUCCUGUAAACAGGCGUGCAAGGAUAAAGGGCUUAUCUGUGAACCGGCGUUCUUCCCGCAUAUUAACAACACCAGGACUCUGUCUAAGUAAGUACAUCUGAAACAAGCAACCUACAGCUAGAAAUCCAACAAGCAGUGACCUCUCAUGAGGCCUGCAAAAAAAUCCAAUUUUUUACACGUCAACAGCCUGAUGAUGACAAUAGUUUUGGUCUCGAUUUCUAAUUUCUUUACACAUUCAAAACAGCUUUAAGAAAACUGUCAUGGGCUACUUCCAAGCAGUAUAAACACUCCCCAAUAAACUCUCAGAUGCAGUUGAUUAACCUCUUCAAGUUUACUGAGGAAUCUUGUGAAACUGAAAUGAUACAAUAACAUAUAAAACAAUGAGUUACGGCUUACACACAGACAAGCAGUAGAGCUAAGCUACAUUAGCUUUAACCGUUAUAAUCACAAACGAGCUAGAAUGCCGCUAGCAACGAAAAACUUGAAGCUAACUUCGUGUAGCAUUAGCGAUUAGCGCCAUAGCUGUUUUAACAAUUUAAUUACACUUAAACAACCUUCAUCUUAAUACAACAAUACAACAACGUAUGAACACUUACAGACGUUGCAUGGACUAGAGGGAUGAAAACGGAGGAAAGGAGAGGAGUUUAGAACUGAACAGCUGACGGACCUCGCGAAUCUGCACUCAAUAACUUCCGGUUUCUCGGUGACUCGCCGGCCAGAGCAGUGGAUUAAAAUUUAAUGUUUAAUCCACUGCUCUGUCGCCGGCUACGCGAUGUAAACAACUCACACUAGAGCGCAAAAACACUUCAGUAGGACGCAUUCAAGCAGCACAACACACAUACAAGCAACAUUACAAAACAUUCAGCCUCAAUCCCAAACUAUAAUUUCUUUUAGUUUUAUUUUGAAACCUCUUGCCUUGAUCUGUUAAUUAUGAUUUUUUGUUUUAUUUCCAGCUACAACACAAACUGUCAAACAUCAGAGCUUUCUGACAGCAGUUUAGUGUUCCCGGCCUACAAGUACGAUUCCUACGGCAAACACUGUCUGUUCCAGUCCGAUCCCCUGCUCUUCAGCUGUGUGAGGUCCAACCAGUCUUUGAUACGCAUCUGCCCGUGUAGAGACUACAUCAAGGACCAGAUCGCCUUAUGCAAGGCGUGUGUCUAACUCCUGGAAGGACAACAAUAAACUCACUCUAUACCUCAAAGCCAGAGUGUCCUCUGAAAACUGGCCGCCUGGGACGCUAACUGUAAGACUGUUGGUGCUACUCUUGUCCUCCUUCUUGUAAAUGCAAGUGAUGCGACAGAAAUCAAAAGUAUUUAUUAAUUUUAUCUGAACAUCCAUACUCAGAACUCAAAAGCUGGUUGUUCAUAGGGUGAAAGCUACAGAUGGUUUCAGAAAUCAUAGUUUGGUGACAUAUAAGGCUUUGAAAACACCUGCUGUGAACAAUGUUGAGUGUAACCCUUUGUUUUACUGUGCUGAUAUUAAAUGGGACUCUAUAUAGCCUUAAGGUAAGAAAUCAACUUAAAGGUGCCUUAAUCUAAUUUGAUAUCUGUAGGUUAUGAAUGCUGGUAAAAGGAACAUAAACAUACAUUGUCUGUCCAUAGUAGCAACGAUGCAGGUGGGCUAUUUGGCAAUGCACAGGUGUGUAAC